AUGGCGAAAGGACGAUGGAGGACAAAGGACAAGGGACAUUCUAAGCUGAAGCAAGCUGUAACAGUUCCGCCCCAAUUGGACAUGGAAAUCGGAAUAGCCGGAAGGGCGGGAUCGAUAUGCAAGCUUCAACUUAACGGCAUAUCAAUGACAUUGAAGGCUCAGAAAUGCGGGAGAAGAGGACCGUUGACCAGGUCCCAACAGCGUCUGUCAACAAGGCUCAGCACCAAUCAAGAUACCACUACCAAGAUGAGCCAACUUUCUAAUCAAGGCAUAGUCCACAUGAUUGAGAGAGUCGAGGGAAAACGGGAAGAAGCGGCCGAGGACGUUGACGCUUUGGAUGUGCUGCAGUUGACUAUCGAAUCACCAGUGGUUAUCUGA